UAUAAAAAGUACGCGUCGCAGCAGUGUAUAAAGUGUGCGAUUGUGUUUUGCAUGAGAAGUCUGUCCAUACUCAACCCAGCACUACACCACCAAAUAAUGGUACUUCAGUCUCUGCCGACGGAACUAUUACACCAUGUUGCCUAUUAUACUUCACCUGAGGAUAUCAUUGCUCUGACUGAAACAUGUGUGGCGCUUCGGGACGUCUACGAUGACCACACUGUCUGGAAACAAUCAUUUUUGCAACAUAUGCCCGACCUAUUUCGAUCUGAAAUGGGAAGCAAGGAAGCCUGGGUCGAAAGGAUGGCGCGGCAAAUAAUUGAUACAAAGGGAGCGACAGGGUUUGCGCAGGCAGACCAAAUAAGACGGAAGUGGAAAUGCCUGUGGAUUACAGUACAGGAAUUACAACACGCCCGUGUCGAUUGGCGUCGCCUGGUUGGCGCCAUAUUUUCAAACGCUCGUUCGGUUAAGCCGGAGGAGCUUCCCAAUGAACACCGUGAAACGUCGGUCGGAAAAUUACUUGGUCGAUCUUUGAGUGUCCUACCCUUAUCGAUGGCGUGGGGCUUCUCCACCUCUUGCGAUAUAGAAAUCUUGUCCGCCCUUGCCAACUUGUGCACGGGAUUCUACUCUCUCGGCAUAUCAACACUAAGCCUCGAUCUGAAUAUCAUUAUACAAUCGCGUAUGGCCGAGAUUUCAUUUUGCAUGGCAGCUUCUGCUAUCCAUACGGGGCUGCGGAUUCAACGCGAUCCGACCUACCACUACGGCGAUGAUAGCUUAAGGCUGUUCAAAAACGGUCUGGAUUUUGUGGAUUCUACCUUGCUGGAAUUUGUGAAAGAAAAUCCAGACAUCUAUAGAAGCGACUCUCCGAAGUUUUUUCCGCGCCAUCUGGCUUUAGCAAUAUGCGCCUCCUCAGCAACUGCGUGCUGGUACUCGCAACUGCAAGAUACUGCUCAACUUCCUUGUUUACCUCGAAGAAGCCAUGAGCCGUCCUUGGGAACGGUAGGUUCUAGCACAGAAGAAUAUUUGACUGCGCAGUACCUGCCCCUUCCUGAGUGGCACCCGCUCCUAACUCCCUAUCGCUCGAUCUUCUCCACGUCCGGCUGGCUCCUUUGGUACAAACCUCGCAUACAAUCUAUUAUCGAUGCGAUCGAAGAUGGUCUAUGGGAGGGAUGUUAUACGAUGCCAUCUUGUAGGCCAGGUUUUGUUCGUUUCUAUCAAAGGAUCGAACGAAUCCAAUUUCACAUAUCACAUCAAAGAAAUCAUCAAAUUCUCUUUGAAGCUGAAAACUGUGUCGACGACAGUGGUGCUUUCAGCUUGAAUGGGCGUCUUCAUACAGAAAGGGAGACUUUAUCAGCAGCGAAAAGAGAUCCCAGCGGCACAACAAUUAUGUUUUGGACUGGAGCCGUCACUCCGAUGGGUAUCACUGGCUAUCUUUACGAUGAUAUACGUCAUGCCCCUCCUCGUCCUAAACGCAAUUUACGUGGAACAUUCUGGCUUUGGAAAAAGGAUUGGAAAGCCACUGGCGAUAACUGA